CAGAAAGGUUCAAGCUAUUCCUCAUUCAGCUUUUCUUUCACAAGGUGUAAAGUAGAAGGAGAAGGAACUAGUUUCUCCAAAGAUUCUAUUUAUGAAACAAUGAACUGCAUUAGUAUCCUUUUUAUAAUUGCGUCAGUACAGAGCAUUGCCCAGGCAGCAGAACUUUCAAACAGGUGUCCAACGGUACAUCUUAAAAAUGGAGGUUUGCGUAUAAGAGGGAGAGGACGAAUUGUCAGAUUUCGGUGCUUUGAUGGAUAUACUCUAGUAGGCAACAGAUAUUCCACUUGCACAAAUGGACAGUGGGACGCACCCACGCCUGCAUGUGUUAAUUCACAGUGUCCUGAACUUCCCAAACCAGAUCAUUCUAUGGUUGCCCCAAAAUAUGAUGGUGCAGUACUAAUGUAUUUCUGUGAGCCUGGAUACAGAUUAAUUGGCUCAUCUGAAAUUUAUUGUGAUGGUAGACAAUGGAAUGGCACAGCGCCCUACUGUCGAAAUACUUCGGAGGUUGCACCGACAUCAUGUGACUUUGAAAAGCCAGAUCUUUGCUGGUGGGAGCAAGACCCAAAACAUGAUUUUGACUGGCGGAGACACAACUUUGAAACGCCGAGUGCCCACAUUGGGACUGGUCCAACGUAUGACCAUACUUUGGGUCGAGGAAACUCCGGAUACUAUCUGUAUAUUGAAGCAUCCGGGCGUCUGAUUAAUGAUACUGCCAGAAUUAUGUCACCCAUUUAUAACUCGUCGCUCACUCAGUCAGGAUGUUUUUCUUUCUGGUAUCACAUGUAUGGUGAUACAAUUGGUGCUUUACGAGUGUACUUCAAACCAGAGGAAUCUAUCCCAAGACUCAUGUUUAAUAAAGAAGGAAAUCAGGGAAAUCAAUGGUUAAAGGGAAUGUUUAAUUUACCACAAGUCGAUAGUAACUUCCAGAUUGUAAUAGAAGGAGUGAGGGGUAAAAAUUACGUGAGUGAUAUAGCCGUGGACGAUGUGGCAAUUUUACAAGGCAAUGAGUGCAUCGAAAAAAAUAUAACAAGUGUUACAGUAUCCGAUGACGAUCAAGCUGAAAUUUUUAAUGCUGCACAAAGCUGUCAAGGAAGAUGUAUAAAUGCACUAUGGGAGAAGUCAAAUUCUGAUGCAUUAUCAGAUGCUUGUCAUUGUACUAUAGAUUGCGCAGAAAACUCAACAUGCUGCCCAGAUUAUGGAGACUAUUGUGUUUUAGAAGCUCCAAGUGAAAUGACUGAUGCUGUGGACACAACUACCCCCAUGUUAACAACAAAAUUUCUACAAACUACACGAGAAGAAGAGACACGCGGUACAGAAAUAUUGUUGCUUUCAACAAAGAUAUUUAAGUCGUCAACUGUCCCAAGCGUAACACAAAAUAUUAGCCAACCAAAAACAACGAUCAGGCCUCCAGAAGUUAAAAUAAUUAUAACUCCAUCAACUGUCGUGACUAGAAAUACUACGCUUAGGAGUACGGUUACGGGAGUACAUGUUACACCAGUCAGAACAAGAGCACCUUUCAUAACGAUUGACGACGUCGAUAGUCCAAAACAUGAUGAUAAUGAAACACAAGAUAUUUCCGUCACAAGCGAAAAUUCCGAGUACCUGCAUCCAGAUACCGCAGCUUUCGGUUUAACCGGAAGGGUUGGCGCAUUAAUUGGAAUUCUUGCUGCUGUCAGCAUAUGUGUGGUAGCUACAAUUUUCAUUCUAAGGAGUCGGAAAGCAUACAAAAGAGGUACAAACGGUCUAUCUGAGGAUAGCGACGUACGAUUUUUGACAUCAGAUGAAAUUUUAGAUUUUAAUGUUGCUAGACCAACAAAUGACUAUAAUGAUUUAUGAAUAAAUAAUAAGAUGAAAGAACUUGCCACGAAAAAUUUACCAGCAUAAGGUUUCCGUGUGACGUAAAACCUUAUAUUAUAAUAAAUGGCAGUUUUUAGAAAAGCAACAGAAUGCAAAAUUUGAUUGAAACAAAAACGCUGAAUAGGACAAAGUGACGAAACGACCGAAAUGUGACAAGUUGCAAAACAAAAAAUUGUACAUUUUUUCAACUAAUAUAAUGAAAAUUACUUUCUA